AUGGUUGGAGACAAACAAGGAACUUCCGACGCCUUCGUCUCGCAGUACGGAGUGGACCUUUCCUUCAUGGCGCAGCAGGGGCUGCUGCCGCCGGUGGUUGGGAGAGACGAAGAAAUCGACCGCAUUGCCCAGAUCUUGAGCAGGAAGAUGACGAAGGCGCCCAUGUUGGUGGGGGAGCCGGGCGUGGGGAAGACCGCAGUGAUCGAGGGUUUGGCGCAGCGCAUUGUGGAGGGGGCGGUCCCGGAAUCGCUGCGGAAACGGCGGAUUUUCGCGCUGGACCUGCUCUCGCUCUCCGCGGGCUCCGCCAUGCGCGGAGAGUUCGAAAAAAGAAUGAAAGAAGUGGUUUCUUAUUUGCAAAAUAAUGUCGAAGAAGUUAUUCUCUUCGUCGACGAAAUCCACACUCUCAUUGGCGCCGGCAAGGCCGCGGGCAGCAUGGACGCCAGCCAAAUGCUCAAGGUCCCCCUCGCGCGCGGAGAGAUCGUGUAG